UUCGGCUCUCGAAUCAAAAUCCUCUCUCUCCAAAGAGAGACACUCUUGGUUCUUGGUUCUCUGCUUCUCUCUGCAAAGGUCGGAGGUUAAUAAGGAUAUGUCUUCUGAUACUGCGAAGGAAAAUGCGUCAGUAGUUGAAUCAUCAGUGACUGAAUGGAAACAUGAUAUGGAAAAUUUGGAUGAUCCAGAGAGCCCAAGCUACAAACCAGUUGAGGGCCGUCAGUCUGGGGCAGAGGAACGAGUACAUCGUUCUGAUCGGGUGGGAAAUUCUAGUGCAAAUAAGAAGGAUAAAUUGUAUGGUACAAGAUAUUUUAUCAUCAAAAGUUUAAACCAUGAAAACAUCCAAUUAUCAAUCGAGAGAGGAAUUUGGGCGACUCAAGACAUGAAUGAACCCAUUUUGGAGGAAGCCUUUCGUAAUUCUGGUAGAGUAAUUUUAAUAUUUAGUGUCAACAUGAGUGGUUUCUUCCAAGGGUAUGCCCAAAUGAUGUCUUCCAUUGGGUGGAGAAAAGACAAUGUUUGGAGUCAAGGAAUUGGUGGAAGGAAUCAGUGGGGACGCAGUUUUAAGGUCAAAUGGCUCCGGUUAUGUGAUUUGCCUUUCCAAAGAACACUUCACCUAAAAAAUCCAUUGAAUAACAACAAACCUGUCAAAAUAAGCAGAGACUGCCAGGAGUUACCUCAGGAUAUUGGAGAAGCUCUUUGUGAACUCAUUGAUGGGAAUAUUGAUGUGGAUGUCAAACUGAAAAGGGAUGAUCAUCCUCUGGAAAGGCCUUUUAUAGGGAAUCCAUUGGCUUUUCGAGAUGAAGAGUAUACUGUGCCUCCAGUACAUAUGACAUGGUCCCAGACACCCAUGCUUUACCCUGCCUUGCUCUACCAACAUGAAGCUGGACCUAGUAAUUUCCCUUUAGAACGCCAAAGAUCAUCUGAGGUGGACCAGGACAAUUUUUCGCGAUGGUCUGCAGAGAGAAGCCCCCUUGGUAGUACCUUGACUGAGGACGAUAUUCUUGAAAUGUCAUAUGAAGAAUACUUGGAGGUCCAUAGCAGAAGCAACAAGCAAUUAUAUCACCAUGCAGCUGGACCAUCAUGGAGAACACAGGAGUCAACUGGUAAAGAGCAUGGUGAUGACUUAUACUCACACUGCCACUCCAAAAAGAGAAGUCGUCAUACACACCACAAAUGACCGCAUUUCAAGCAAACCCGGCUUUCCUUGGUGUGCUCUCCUGAAUACUGGACAAUGAUUUGAUGGAGGUUUCUCCAGUUAAUCACUCAUUAUUGUUUUAAUCCCUAGGAUUGGGACGUAAUGUUAGUGAUGUUGUAUUCAUAGUUGUACUUAAUUAAAUGUUAGGACCCUUUUUUCUUUCUUUGGUUGGGGAAAGGAACCACUUUGUACAUAAUUUGAAUCGGCAGCAUUGACAGACUUCGUUUUGUUUGAUUUUUUUUCCCCCUACCUUUAGUAGUUGGUGGGGAUAGAAUGCUGUUGCAAGGUAUUGGUAAACUGUAAUAUCUAAUAUCUGUUUACUGGUCUAGGAGUUAUAAAACUCUCACCGGCCCCUCUUAAUGCCUUAAAAAUCUGAUGGAAUGGAUGUAUAUAAAUCCUGAUGGAAUGGUUGUAUAUUUUGAAUUAGGGUGUCA